GUCGUGUGCAAACUCGGGGUUGAACUCAGUAAUUCCGUAUUGUUCAAUAUUAUCUCGUCCUCUGACCGAAGAAGAACGUCCAGUGAAACUCAAGUCGAAAGAGUAACGUAACGUGUACAAAGGGUUCGUUGCACUCAUCAGUAUUUUCUUGUCCCCUGCCAUGUAUGUAAACUUAUUAACCUUGGACAUGGGCAAUGACCGUAACCCCUGAACGACAGGAAUGGGCUUAUUCUGGGAAGCAGGACGUCGUGUGCAAACUUGGGGUUGAACGAAGGGGUAUAAAACCUGGACUGGGCGGUCCGAAAACAUUCGGGAGCAGAGGUCAUCUUCACGGUUCUCGCUGUCCGAACUGCAAGCAUACAUCCACCUUGAUUGCCUGGUUGAAUGGACCUCGACUUCGGUGCCCCGACUUUUGUCCCAUCCAGUUAUCGCUCGAAGCAUCAAGUGAUUCAGUACCGAAGCAAACGAUGGCCAAAUGCAGUGUUAGAGUUUGCAUUCAAAUCUACAAACAAGAAGGACCCCAGUAUCCAGUACUACAGAUGCACGAGCUGUUAUCGCCUGAGCAGGUUGGCGAGGGGAACCAACGAAACCUGGUCUGUUGCCCACGUCACGCUGCAAAACGGCGUCAUGAGGACAGACCCGGAUCAUCCAUCGACACCGCACAGCUGUGACCCCGCCGAGGAUGCAGAGGCGGCCACAGUCCUUUCCAGGCGUUACAUGUAUGAAGUCCGAACAGACGUACGGACCAGCAGAAAGAGACCUCGGCAGGCAUUCGACGAAGCAGUGUCUGCUGUACAGGUCAGGUUUCAAGAUGACGACGCGAGUCUUCAAAAUGACAUCAAACGCCAGAUGAGCACCAGCUACGGUUUUGCCUCCAAAAGACGUGCGUUGUCGCGCAAUCGACACGCAAACAUUCCGAAGGGAAACUCCAUUGACGCCAUACUUCCGGAGCUGCGAAUUACGAAGGAUGGCCAGCAAUUUCUUCAACUGGAAGACAAGACUGAAGGGAGGAGACUGCUCGUAUUUUACGCCGAGAAGGACCUGGACGCCUUCGCAAACACGGAGUACAUCCUGGGGGAUGGCAACUUCAAGUAUAAUCCAUCCGAAUUUCACAGCCCUGGACAGCUGUACACAAUACAUGCAAUUGUCAAAGGCGAAGCGCACCCCAUAGUGUACGCAUUGAUGCAGGCAACAGAUGUGAGAGCGUACCAAGCGGUGUUCCACACCUUGAAGGAGUCCAUGGUGCGACGAUUUGGUCACGUCGGGAGCCUAUCCACUACGGCGACCUGGCUAUUUGACUAUGAGUCUGCAGCAAUACGGGCAGCACUCAAUGUGUUCCAGACAGCGACGGGUGAACCCAACGUGCGAGGCUGCGCCUUUCACUAUGCCAAGGCCAUCAACAAGAAGCGAGACGAGCUCGGUCUGAAGGUGUUGUGCAGAGAGAACGCCGAAGUCAACCGAUGGUUUGUUCGAGUGAGGCAUCUGCCGUUCGUUCCUGACGACUUCCGCCUGGCCUUCGCCGACGACAUCCUUUCUGUGAAGCCGGACCUGCCUCCACUACAUGCGGCGCGUCUGGCGCUGUUUGACCGGUACUACCGAGCGUACUGGCUCACGAACAGCCUGCUGAAGGACCGCUGGGGACAAUUUGGGAACCGAGGACCGAGGACCACAAACCACGUAGAAGGCUGGCACAAUGGCCUGCACAGUCGGUUCACGUGUCGUCACCCAAACCUGGCCGAGUUCCUGGAGUUCCUGCGAGUCAGUCAGCACGCCGUGCAAAACAGAGUCCAGGCCCUUCUGUUGGACCCGUUGGCAGUGCCAACCCCGACGUCAGCUGCAGUACGGGAGAGAAACGCGAGCCUAUUGCAAGAAAUGGACUCCUUCUCGUGGUACUUGAGCACAAGUCCGGUAUCUUUUAUGGACCUGACCACGUACCUAGACAGAAUCGCCUUGGUUGGUGUCCUGCCGUCGGAAAGUUAGCGUCCGCACAUUUUGUAUCUAAUGUAAAUAUUGUUAUAUUCCAAUUAAAUAGUUGCUUUCA